AUGGCGGAAGUUACGAAGCGCAAGAAACUUAGCUUGAAACAGGCAAAAGUAAAGAAGAAUUUUUCAGCAGAUUUAACUACAGGCUCCGAUGAUCAACAAGAAAUCAAAAGGCAGAAGUUGAACACAGUCGUAAAAACUGUUCCAAGCAACAGUCAUUCAGUCUCAGAAGAGGUCAGUCUCUGUCCAGACUUGGUCAAUGUCCGAAAUUUCCUGAGGACCCACAGGUGGCCACAGUCCAGUCCUGGUCAACAGGCCUUACCAGCAUGGGCACAGGUCCAAAAUGAAAAGGACAAAUCACUGAAUGAAAGUCAAAUACUAGUACAGAAAGACACAUUUUCACGUAAAGUAAGAAAAGAAGAUAUUUUGAAUAAUUGGAAGCCAUUGCCUAAGGCUUGCAUGUCAUGUCUUUCCAGACAGAAAUUUUCUCGCUCAGAAUUUACUGCAGCUCACUCAGGGCCUGGUGAAACUUAUCUGCAAUUAGGAGGUAAAAACUUAAGAUUAGAACAAAAUGAGAAUUUAAAGAAAAAAGAGAGAGACAAUGGACAUAAAUUGCAAUACCCUAAUGUUAGGGAAACAAUCCUUCUGCAUCCAAAAGCAGAAAAGUUUGAACUGAAAGAGACAAUCUCUCAGGUUGUAGAUGCAGUUUCUGGACUCGAGGAGACAAACUCUGAACCUUCAAAAUUUACCUCUAGUUUAAGGGAAUCGAGCUCUUCUCUGAGUGGAGCAAACUGUGCACUCGUGGCUACAAUCUCCCCACCGAGGGGUACAAGUUCUUCACAAAAACUAAAGUCUUCAGGAAGAGAAAACCAGUCAUAUGACCAAAGCGAGGAGUGGCAGGAUGCAAAGAAAGCGAGGCCAUUGGAUGCUUGUCCUCUUUGCCAGAUGGAGUUUGAAACCAGUUGGUCACAGAUGGACAUAGAUGGACACAUAGCAGCCUGCCUGGCCUCCUCAGAAGAUGAUGUCCAGUGGUGACCGAUGCCCAGUGGUGACCAAUGCCCAGUUCUUGCCCAGUGGUCUGUCAUAUCUGGAUGUCCAGUGGUGUGUUGUGUCAAGUGGUGACCAAUGCCCAGUGGUCAGAUAUAUCUGGAUAUCUAAUGGUGACCGGUGUCAAGUGGUGACAUGUGACCAGAUCUUGCCCAGUGGUCAGUCAUAUCUGGAUGUUAAGUGGUGACCUGUGUCAAGAUGGUGUCCAAUGCCCAGUGGUCAGUCAUAUCUGGAUGUCUAGUGGUGACUGGUGUCAAGUGGUGACCAAUGCCCAGUUCUUGUCCAGUGGUUAGUCAUACCUGGAUGUCAGGUGGUGAUGAAUGACCAGUGUUGACCAGGUGUCUUUUGCAUGUGAAUUCAAGACAGCCAUCAUUCUUUAUUAUUUUUGUUUUGAAGAAACAUAUGAAAAUUAAAGCCCCCUUCCUUAUUUGCAUUUUUUCUUUAUGAAUUUGGUAGUCAUCUUCAUAGCUUGUAGAGAAACCGCAGUAGGAAAUCUGCCCCAGAAUUUUUCUGCUGAAAAACUCGUGUGCAUUUUGAACUUGAUUAAAGUCAUUUUCUUUUAUGAUCGACAACCAAAAAGCAGAAGUAGUAUUGCUUCAGGCACGUAGGACUGUAGGGCAUGCACUAUGUGAAAUUGUAUUACACCUUCUUUAAAACAAAGGGCAUAAGAUAUUGUGAGGAUCUUUAGAAGGUAAAACGCUUUUGGUGUAUUUAAAAUGCAACUUUUAAUCAUAUUUGUGACUGCCAAGCAAGUUAUUAAAAUGGCUCAAGUGCCAGCUGUUUGUGUUUGAU